CGAACCGAAGCACUUAAUAUUUUAAGGCCCCCGCACACAUAGUCAUAACUCAUAAUAGACUCAUAGUCAUAGAAACAAUAAUACAAACACUUGGUGCUUGUUGGUUAUAUACUUACUUAUAUCAGUUAUAUACCCCUCUCUCUCUCUCUGAGAAGAGAAAGUGAGAAACCAAACCCUUUUUUUAUUUUCCGAAGAAGAUGAUACAAGAAAGACAACAAGGUGCAGGUGCACCACAUGGUAUCCUUCUGAUAAUAGUGGUAGCAAUUGUGGUGAUUGUGCCUUCUCUUAUUGGGGAUCAGGGAGAAGCCAUAACGGGAGCAAUAUCGGAGCUUCUAAGCCCACUGGGUCUCAUCCUCCUUCCCAUCGUUCUUCUCCUCACCAUCCAGUUCCUCUCCUCCGAUCGUGGCUCAUUCAUCGCUACCCUUUUCUCCACCGGCGAACCCGACAGCAUCCACCGAGUUAGCGGGUCACCCGUCGGCGUUGCCCUCUUUCUCCUCCUCAUUCUGUUCCUUUUGUACAACCGGGUAUCCAUCUUCGGCGGCGGCGGCGAUUCCGACGAAUGAAAGUCAAAAUGUUUUCCAGAUCUGGGUCUACCAGUUUCUUUUUUUAUUUUAUUUUAUUUCUCAUGUAUGAACUUGGAAUUGUGGGGAUGUGCUAAUUGCGAGGUUAUUGUAUUUAAUAAACGAUUACAUAGAAUUGA